CCGAGGAGCCUUGGAACCUGAAAUCAGCUGCUCCGCUCACUCCAGCUGCUACCCGCUCUCCAGCUGCUGUGUGCGGGGAAACGAGCCCACACCGAGACCCGGAGACCACUUUAUCUCCGUGUCCGAGGACAUACCAUCACAGUGCAGCUUGAAGCCCGGACCCUGGCUGUGAAACCCUCCUGGAUAGUUGGAGCCGCCGAGACGCACCAACUCCCUCCGCCUCUCUGGACGCGGGAGCUGGAGGAAAACUCUGCGUGAUUCUCACAUGAAAAGGCCCAGAGACGCACAGUUUGGGAGCUGAAUUUUCAAACCCCCGGUGAUGCGGCUCUGGCCGAGCCCAGGGCGGGAUUCUGGGGUCCAGAAAUGAACUUUGUGGUGUAACUUGUGCGCACUUUCCGCGCGCUGAAGACGCGCCAUGGGCUGAGAGCUGACGGACAGCAGGACCUUCGACGUGGGAGGGAGCACAAUCUUCUCUUAUGUAAUAAUUGACAGACAGCGCCUGAUAAUAAGUGGUAAAUCAUAACUGGCAUCACCCCAUCACCCCCCUCCACCCACCCCCCCUUUAGACUGCUUUUUUAAAAUUGAUUUACAAUGAAGUUAAAGCUCUUCAUGCAACAACGUCCAUAGCAGGAUGUAUCGCUGGUGGACAACGCUGCCUCCCUGUUCCUCUUAGAGAGGCAUCAAGGCAAGAGAUCUUAGUCAUAGAUUAUUGAAAACACUUAAUGAGACAGUCCUUCCCUCUUGCAUGAUCUCCUUUUGCAAAUCUCUUUGUUUUUUUUCUUUUUAACAUCUUGCUCAAUAAAAUGUUAAUCAUGAUUCCCCAAAGGCUUGAGCUGCUGCGAGAUAUCAGAAGGACUGUGACUUCACGAUAUCAGACAGUCAACAGUGUUGGAAGUUUCUUUCUGAGCUUUAAACUGUUUCCAUGGCUUUGCAUCACUUUUAACGGCUACUAACAUGUUCUAAUGCUCAUUCCUGCCCUCAUCCUCGGGGGGUGAUGUAGUCACUUUGAACUCCUCGGUCUCUUCACCUCUGUGACUUCCUGUUUCUGAGUAAACCAAGCCGAUAGUCCAUCCUCACCAGAGCCUUGCUCGGUCCCUCCCUCCCCCCCAACUCAUCAGGGCUGGUGGGGGGGGUGGAUCUCGGACCCGUGGCCGGCCGUGGUCCCACCCCGGUGGGGAGGCUCCCGUCAUGGAGACCAGUCCGGAGAGCCCCAACCGGGCGGUCGAGUACCUCCUGGAGCUCAACAACAUCAUCGAGAGUCAGGCCAAGCUCCUGGAGACGCAGCGGCGGCGCAUCGAGGAGCUGGAGGGCCAGCUGGACAAGGUCAGCCAGGAGAACCAGGACCUGAGGCAGGAGCGGCCGGACCCCCCGGAGCAGAACCACAACCACAGCCAGCCCCUGUCCCUGCCCUUACACCACGUCGGCGGGGCGGCUGAUGGCGGCGGCGGCGGUGGGAAUGGUAGCACCUCCACGACUCAGGCGGCCCCCGGGUCGGCCACGGCCCCGGGGCCCGGCAGGGAGAGGAGGACCCACACCAGGCUGACCCGGGGCCUCUCCCGCAGCUCCUCCACGGCUGGAGAGCGGCUGGAACGCACCGACAGCACCGACACCAACGCCAGCUCCAGCUUACGCAGAAAUGUGGAAGGAGAAUCCCAGUGUCCAGAGCCCGGCGCCCACAAAGACCCCCCUUUCGGCCAGAUGCCUUACCUCCGGGGCUCGGAGCGCUACAGCGACGGCGCUCCCGUGGCCCCCAGGGGCCCCUCCUGUGUGACCGGCUCCAGCUCGGCCAGUUUGGCCUGGGCGCUGCGAACACGCCACCAACCUGCAAGCCUGGCCCUCCGCAAGCAGGAGGAAGAGGAGAACAAGAGGUGCAAGGCCCUGUCCGACAGCUACGAACUCUCCACAGAUCUGCAGGAUAAAAAGGUGGAAAUGUUGGAGAGAAAGUACGGAGGCUCCUUCGUGAGCCGCAGAGCAGCUAAGAUCAUCCAGACGGCCUUCAGGCAGUACCGCAUGAACAAGAACUUUGAGCGCCUUCGGAGCUCGGCCUCGGAGAGCCGCAUGACGCGCCGCAUCAUCCUGUCCAACAUGAGGCUGCAGUAUUCCUUCGACGAGCGGCCUCAGCAGCAGGCCCAGACGCAGACCAACUUCACCCACAGCGUGGCCAUCGGGCCUCCCCACUCCCCCAACCCCGAGCGCUCGGGGGACUUCACUCACCUCGAGGACUCCUUCUCCAAACAGGUAAAGUCGUUAGCUGACUCCAUCGACGACGCCCUGACGUGCCGCGCCGGCCGCGAUGACUCCCAGGAGGGCAGCCGGGAGGGCGGAGGCCUCAGCGAGGACUUCGGGGAGUGCAUGUGGAGCAGCAGCAGCAACCCGUCCUCCCAGAGAGGGCUGGGGGAGCGAGGCCGGGCCGCCGGCGGAGGCCUCAGCAUGCACGGCGACAGCACGGCCACCUCCUACAGCGACGUCACCCUCUACAUGGACGACGGCAUGCCCACCUCCCCGCUGUCCCUGGACCGGGCCCCCAGCAGCACGGACACGGAGUACUGGGGCCCCGGCGGGGGCGUGGGGGUCCGCGAGGACAGCAGGGACACCGAGGGAGGGGGCAGCAGCAACAGUCGGCGCAGCACCCCGUGCACAGAGUGCAGGGAUUACCGGCAGAGGGGCGCCCACCUGCCCCUCCUCACCAUCGAGCCGCCCAGCGACAGCUCCGUGGACAUGAGCGACCGCUCCGACCGCGGCUCCCUGAGCCGGCAGCUGGUGUACGAGCAGGAGCCCGGGGCGGGCUCGGGCUCCCCUCAGGAAACCCUCAAACACUCCCCCGCCACCGGCGUCCGCUCCACCUCGGCGGCGGCCGCCCAGGGCCAGACGCGGGGCCCCAGACCCAUCCCCACCCACAUCCCUCACCAGGUGGCAGCACACCACCACCACCACCACCACCCCAUCCACCACCACCAGUACCCCGACACGCCCUCCUCCUCCUCCUCCCCCCAGCAGCCCCCCACCACCCCCCUGUCCUCCUCCUCCUCCACCGCGCUGCCCCCCGGUGGCCUGGAGCAGCCCUGCUGCUCGGACGGAGACAACGACUCCCUCAACUCCACCACCAACUCCAACGAGACCGUCAACUGCAGCUCGGGCUCCUCGUCGCAGGACAGCCUGCGGGACCCGCUGCCUCCUCUGGGCAAGCAGACCUACCAGAGGGAGAGCCGCCACAGCUGGGACUCCCCGCCCUUCAACAGCGACGUGGUGCAGAGACGCCAGUACCGCAUCGGUCUCAAUCUCUUCAACAAGAAGCCGGAGAAAGGGAUCCAGUACCUGAUCGAGAGGGGCUUCGUAUCGGACACUCCUGUUGGGAUUGCUCGUUUCAUCCUCGAGAGGAAAGGCCUGAGCAGGCAGAUGAUCGGAGAGUUUCUGGGAAACCGACAGAAGCAAUUCAACAAAGAUGUUUUAGACUGUGUGGUGGAUGAAAUGGACUUCUCAGGUAUGGACAUCGAUGAUGCUUUGAGGAAAUUCCAGGCCCAAAUUAAAGUUCAGGGAGAAGCCCAAAAAGUGGAGAGGCUAAUAGAGGCUUUCAGUCAGAGAUACUGUGUGUGUAAUCCAACCCUGGUUCGGCAGUUCCAGAACCCCGACACCAUAUUCAUUUUGGCAUUUGCCAUAAUCCUCCUCAACACAGAUAUGUACAGUCCCAACGUCAAGCCUGAGAGGAAGAUGAAAUUAGAGGAUUUCAUCAAGAAUUUGAGAGGUGUGGACAAUGGUCAGGAUAUCCCCAGGGACCUGCUGGUUGGGAUCUACCAGCGAAUACAGAAGUGGGAGUUACGCACCAAUGACGACCAUGUGUCCCAAGUGCAGGCAGUGGAGAGGGUCAUUGUGGGCAAGAAGCCUGUGCUGUCCCUUUCCCACCGAAGGCUGGUGUGUUGCUGCCAGCUGUACGAGGUGCCGGACCCUAACAGGCCUCAGAGGACUGCAGUGCACCAGCGAGAAGUCUUUCUCUUUAACGACCUGCUGGUGGUGACCAAAAUCUUCCAAAAGAAGAAAACCUCAGUGACUUAUAGUUUCAGACAAUCUUUCCCUUUGGUAGAGAUGCAAGUGCACAUGUUCCAAAACUCUUACUACCCUCAUGGCAUCCGCCUGACUUCAGCCAGCCUGGGUGGGGAGAGGAAGGUUCUUAUCAUUUUUAUGGCACCCAGUCAGCAAGACCGCACCCGCUUUGUUAGUGACCUCAGGGAGAGCAUUGCUGAGGUGCAAGACAUGGAGAAAUAUAGAGUGGAAUCGGAGUUGGAAAAACAGAAAGGUGUGAUGAGGCCCAGCUUGCUAACUGGCAGCGUGGUUGGAGGAGGUGUAGGUGUUAAGGGUGACGUUGUGAACGGCACCCUGGGUAGGACAAGUUUUGAUGACAACUGUUCAGUGGGUGAGGGUCUCAAACGCACAGCGCUCAGCUCAUCUCUCAGGGACCUAUCAGACGCAGGGAAACGUGGUCGCAGGAACAGUGUUGGUUCUCUGGACAGUACCAUGGAAGGGUCCAUCAUUAGCAGCCCGCAGCCUCAUCAGCGCUACCCAGUCCCGGGCGUGCUCCCCGGCUGCUACGGAACCGAAGACUUCCGGACUCACCGCCCCAUCCUGAGCCCCGGGACGGGGGUGGGGGGUGGGCCGGGGCAGAAACACACCACUGCUGGGACAGGAGCUGGGGGAGUCUCCAGCAGUGCGGAGAGAGCAGGAGCGGGGAGCGGGCCUGGAGGGAGCACCAGCAACAACAACAGCGGCUCCUUCCUGGGCUCACUAUUCGGCAGCAAACGCGCCAAACCACCAGGGCCCCUCAUUCCACCGGGGCCACCCUACCCCGCACCUAUACCCCCACUGACUACCGGAGGGCCCCCGCCUCACUCCCCUUCAUCUCUAUGCCAACUGGAGGGGGCGGCCUCCAAGAUCCAGGCCCUGCACGCACAGUACUGUCAUAUGGGCGGCGUGCAGCCCCCCCCGCCGUACUACCAUCACCAUCGCUACCACGUCCAAGCUGUCCCUACGUCUUUGCAAGGAGUGGCCCCUCAUACUUUACAGAGAGGUCCCCUGCCCUGCCGGCCCCCGCUUGGCCCGCCGCACGUCCAGCUCCAACAGCUGGCCCAUCUCUCUCAGCUCUCCCAGCAUGGGCUUCCGGGUCGCUACGCCAACAUGGUGGUCGGCUGUCCCCCCCCCCUUUCUCCUCUCUCCCAACAUUCCCCGAACCCGCAGUUUGCCCUGUACCACGCGCAGCCCACACACUCUGUCAGAGGGGGGGUCGCCCCUGGUACCAAACCCCCCCUCACCUUGUCUCACUCCCACCCCCACCCCCACGCACACUCCCAAACCCACCCCGGACACGUGCACACGCCGCACCCCGGCAGCCACCCCGCCCACCAGACACACUUCAUAUUCGGCACGCUGCCGCACAACCUGCCCUCCGGCUCCGUCAGCGCGCAUCACGCGGCGCCCGCCGGCCCGUAUCUGCCCCAGUACCCUCCUCUCUCCUCUAUCCCCCCUCCCCCACCACACUCCCCUUUACCCCCCCCUUCGUCCCCCCUUACCCCUCUUACACCUCUCUCCCCUCACCCCCCCCAGCACCCCGGGCAGCCUCAGCAGGGGCCGCAGGCGACGGGGGCCGGGGCGACCGGCACGGCGGGCAGCUCCAAGUCCAAGCCUAUCAACCGGAUAAGUACCGUGGUGUGAGCAGGACGUGGGGCUCCAGGGUUCAGUGGCCGGACGGCAGACCGGAGGAGGUGGGCCGGUCCCGGGCCAGGACCAAGUCCGCCAGGACCGAGAGUAACAGCAGCACCGCCGGUGAGAAGAAGAAGCGCAGCCUGCUUCGCCUCUGUUACUUUCACCUCCGCUUCCCACACAUGUGAGCGGAGACGCGCGCCGCCGCGGCCGCCGCUACACGGCGCAAGAUGGUACGCACAUGCUCAGAACCCGCACCGACAACAACACGCCACAGGAACACACACUCAACAUAUUGCUGCACACAAUCAAAAAAAAGUCUAUAGCCAUAUAAUUUAAAAAUAAAGCUAAAUCUAUAUAAGUUUAUUGCCUCGGUUUUAAUUGUUUAAAAUCUGAGUAUGUAUGAGACUAUUUAUGUGUGCAGUAUCAAGACGUGAUCACGUGACGCUGGAAAAAAAAAUGAAGACGAUGCGUAUCCACCUGCUUACACGGGGAUGUAAAUAAAGACUAACCAACCAAAUGGAUCCCGGUGACAUUUUGAAUUAACAAGAGAAGAAAGUUGCAAAUGAGAAGGAAAAAAGUAACUUGACCUUGCAAUAAUUUACUUCAAAAGGCUCCACAGUGUCUCCAUCCCUCCCUGCAGGUUACGCUUUGCUGAAAGGCAUCCUUUUUUUCUAAAGAAAAAUUCAGAUGUGUUGCUCUGUCUUAAACCUCAAAAACCAGAACACGGUUUUUUACUUAAAGGUCUUUUACAUGUCAGCAGGAGUCAACGGGCUUUUUAAUGCUUUCGUGUGAUUUAUGGAAAUCAACCAUACAAACAAUUAUAUAUUUUAAAUGUUUCUGAAGCUUCUUGCUGUUUUAUUGAUAUUAUGAUAUACCUGCUAUGAGUAUAAUGACUAUUGUCCAAUAAUUGUUUUGAUCAGUAAUUAAUUCUAUCAGCAGAUGUUUGUACACGGUAACAGAGAGUAUGGACACAUUCAGAUUCUCUCAUAACUGUUAGAGGGUAUUCUGAUGUGUGAAGUGUGAUUUAUUUUCAUCGCACCAUAGUUUGCAUUUGGUUUCAUUUUUAAUUUCUGAUUUUAAUUGUUGAAAAUAACUAAUGAAGUUUUGUUCAUGCUGAUUUGAACACUGAUAAAAUUCCUCCUUUUCUGUUUAUUCAGAGCAAACAGGUGCAGCAUCUUAAAUCGUGACAAAGAAAACUUGAAUUUACAGAAUACGUUUGAGUUGAUGCGCCAUUAUUAUUAUUAUUAUUUUCUUCUUAUGAGUCUCCCAGUAUUAGAAAAAAGGCUUAAAUAUAGAAAAUAGUUUUCCACACGGCGCUUAUGCCCACUGACUCACAGUCACCGGAUGUAGUCAUUGUGCUUUUCUCUUUCUUUCUUUUCUUUAUGUUUUGAAAGAAGCACGCUUUUUACAUGAGGUUUUGUGGUUUUGCACAUGUGAUGUCUUAAGUCAAAAAAUGGCCUUCUUCUGAUCCUUCCUCUCCCAACAUUUUCAGAAAUCUCAUUACAUUUGCCGAUGCCUUGGCAUCUGCCUGAGGGCUUCUUGUUUAAGAAAAAUAAAAGAUAAAAAAAAGCUUACAAGGGGCCAAGAAUGUAAAAUAUCCUGCAGGUACAUACGCUAACUCCUGUUCCUGCCCCCCCCCCCCCCCCCCCCCACAUGUGAUCCUUGUGUAAGUGUUAUCCCUUUUACUACUGCAGUUUUUGAAGUUACUAUUGAGCACUGAUGUGAUUUACCUUCAGUGCCAUUGAUUACCAACAGAGAAAUAAAUAUAUUACGAUUCAGCAAAAAAACAAAUUAGACACAGACAACAUAAAGAUGUCCUUGGAACAAGCUGCUGAAAAGAUGAGGCUUUAAAUUAUCAAAAGGGAAUAUUAAGGUAUGGAGAGAGUCAAGAAAGUUAAAUGAAGAUUUUAGAGUUAUAUGUUGGCUAUCCUUUUCUUUUCAUUGUGUCCUUUUUAACUCUUCUUGCAUGAAUAUAUCUGCACUUAUUGAAUAGAUUGUACUGUAAAAACCUGAAUGUACAUAUUAAACUAUAUAUAGGCUUCUUAUAAAUAUGAGAUGAACCACUCCCACUCUGUUUCAGGUGUGUACAUGUGAUUACCACAAAGUAUGCACACAAAAGAAGGACAGGGAUGGGAGGUGUUGGCCUAAAGAGUAUUGACCUCCUUUUCUUUUCCUAUUAUUUCAGACAGAAGGCGUGAGAAUGAGUUACAGUGAUAGAAAUUAAAGCCUGAAAAAGUUUAUGUCAGUGCAUUUAUUGAUAUUAUUUGAAAUAUUUUCUUUUCUUUGUGUGUGUAUUAUGUGUACUGAAAGAUUUGAGAAUUGAGAUGUGAAUAUUUAUUGCUUCAGAUAAAUUAAAGUGUCCUUGCAGUGAAGUGAA